AUGUUAUUAUCAAACGACCGAACUCCUGACAUUCUCAGUACUUCUCCAUCCGGAUCCAAUGAAGAAAAAAUCCCAGCUAAUAUAACAAAAACUGCACUAGCCCUUCGCAACCAGCUCGCUGCUCUUCCAGCAAACAAUGCUAUAGAAUUUUUGGCGAAUGUUCGCAAGACUGCACUAGCCCUUCGCAACCAGCUCGCUGCUCUUCCAGCUAAUAAUGCUAUAGAAUUUUUGGCGAAUGUUCGCAAGGUUGCCCGUGAAAUUGAUAUUGAAGCAAAUGUCGUCUCCGAGGAACUGGCUGUUAUUGAGGAGUCUUAUCCGCGAAUUCUCUCCACACUCCAAGGGUUCAAGCGAGAUUUGCUCCAUAUGAGGGAGGAAGUCUGUAUGCUACGUAGUCGACUUAAAUGGGUGAAUCGUGGUCGGGAACUGCUAACAUCCUGUCGCGAGGCUAUGAAGGACCCUCAAUGCGAUUGGUCUAAGUUGGAGGAGAACUUUUGCAGCGCUUGCUUACACGCACAAGAAAUUGAAGAGCUUAACGACAACUCGCGAAUUACUUUCAUCGAUGGAUUGAAUAGCUUGGCACCAGAAUUGAAAGAAUUUGCCAGAAAGAAAGCAAAAGAAUUACUGGACAAUUUGAAGUAUCCAUUUGAAGAUUCAAUAGAUAUUCGAGCAUUCAUGGAUGAGGCGAAUACUCUAGCGGCUAUAUUAAGCUUCAUAUAUUCUGUCAGUGAACACCUGGAGCAAAACACGGGCUACGACGAGGUAUGUCAAGUGCUGUUAGAGCCCAUCGGAACACGCUUUGCCUUUCAUUUUUAUGGUGAUCGGAAGACGAACGACAUCAGAAAGCCACAGUGGUACCUGAGUCAAACCUUGAAUUGGAUACAAGUAAAUUUGCCUUUUUUUGAAACUGUGCAAGGGAAGGUCAUCAAAGAGCAUGUCAGUUCGAUUCAUUAG